AGCGAAGUUUAUUAAAAUAGACCAUCCCAUUUCUAAGAUACACGCAAUGACGAUAAUCUAAAAUUGCACGAUACAAAGAUACUUGCUGUAUUUAUUUAAUGUCAUGUAUUUUGGCCUCUGAAUCUUCGUGCAUGCAAACUUUAUAAAAAUAGAUCAUCCCAUUCCUAACAUGCGCACAGUUAAAAUAACCUAAAAUUGAAUGACACAAAGAGACUUGCUGUGUUAAUUUGAUGUCAUGUAUUUCAGCCUCUGAAUGGUAAAAAUUAAUUAAAUUUUAAUGAGAUAAUCAAUUGACAUGAAAUAUGACUACCGUGUUUUUUCUUUAAUAAAGCAUUCGGAAUUAUUAUUGCAAGCUUAGCUCUUCGGCUAAGAUCAAUGCACGCACGCAGGUAUUGCUUAACAUCUGUGUAAUUAUGGCCAGGAGUCUCUAAAUCUGGCGUCGAAUUACCAGAAAUUAAGCCUAGAACCGCACCCUGGGGUUAAGCAGGCCCAUUUGAAGAGUACGUUAAAAAAUUCAGUCUCAACACUUCUAGCUGGUUGUGUCUCAUUAAACUAUUCUUAUUGAAAAACAAAUAUGGCCUGGCAAAAUUCACAACAAGCUGGAUGGCCCGUGAAGGAUCCUAUAACGACACAAGUGGGUGCUGGUAUGACAAUGUCUAUGGAUGUCACUCCCGGUUUAAAUGAAGGUGGACAAGGUGGUCCAGCUCCUGGAAUAUCUGAGGCACAAUCUCAAUCAGGUGGUUGGCCAAUGCCAAAUUUGGUUUGUCCGGCAGGUUUGGAAUACCUUAUGGCCCUUGAUACAAUUUUUGUGGAACAACAAAUUGAUCGUCUUGAAGCGCUCACUGGAUGGGAAAAAUUAAACAAGUACAUGGUUAAGGAUGCCAGAGGUCAAGUGAUUUAUCGUGUUAAGGAAGAAUCAAGUGCUUGUUCACGAUGCUGUUUCGGAAAUAUGCGUCCUUUUGACAUGAAAAUCGUUGAUAGUAGUAUGAGGGAGGUUAUUAGACUAUCUCGACCAUACAGAUUUGAUAGCUGUCUAUGUCCUUGUUUUCUACAGGAAAUGGACGUAUUCACGGGCGAUACCAAAUUAGGGAGCGUUGUGCAAAAUUGGAGCCCCUUCUAUCCGUCAUAUUCAAUUAACGAUUUGAGUGAGAACACUAUACUUACGAUAGAAGGUCCUAUGUGCAUCUUCUGUCCCUGUUACGAUGUAAAUUUUAAAGUUUUGUCGUCGGAUGGGAAGCAUCAAGUAGGGCGGAUUUCGAAAAAGUGGUCUGGUUUUGUUCAAGAAUUAUUUACGGAUGCUGAUAUAUUUGGAAUAAGUUUCCCAAUAGAUCUCGACGUGAAGGUUAAAGCAUUGCUACUGGCCAGUUGUUUAUUAAUUGAUUUUAUGUACUUUGAGAAUUCAGGAAUUGCCAGACGUCGUUAAUUACAGCCAGGAUGCCUUUUGCUGCUUUGAUGCGCAGAUCAUCUGAAAGUAAUAAUAUACUUUGAUAUAAAAGGCAAAUCUUAAAAAAAAAUUAACGUGCUUAAACUAAUGAAACGUCACAAGUUAAAAUAUGUAAGGCAUAGGCUUUUGCUUGUGGAUGGAUGAAGAGAAAAGAAAUACUGCCAUAACUGUUCGUCAGAGUUAAAAAUGAUAAGAAAAAUAGUGUCAAACAUUAUAUUCAUACCGUACGUGUUCAACGAUUGCAUUAUUUUGACAAGAAUUUAUUUUGCAGGACAUUAGUGUUUUUAUCACAAAGACAAUAUCAUAUAACAUAACUAUAUAAUAGUUUAAUUUAAUACAUAUUUUUCAGCAGAUAUUAGAAUAUACAAUAUUUUCUCAUGUAAUACAGAAUAUACUAUUAUAUAUAUUUAAAUCUUACGAUACUAUAAAACUGCUUACGACAAGCAUGCUAUUAACUUGAUAUUUUAUAUUUGAGAGAAUUUUUCACAGAUUUUAUAAGACUAACAAUCACUUUGUAUUCCCUUAACUACUACAGAUUGAUAACUGAAAGUACAAUAACUGUGUCUACCUCAACUGUUAUGUAGUUUUUAAACUAUGCAUUUAAUAAAGGACCUUACUCCUUUAA